CGGUCAGAAGGGUGGGAGUACGCAUGAGAGAUAGAGGAGACUUAUGUGACUCCUCUGUCUGGAAGAAGGGUGGCUUUGUCUGGAAACCAGCUGCCAGAGUGAGUUUUAGGACCGUUUUUCAUUCUGCGUUUGAUUUGUUUUGACACCCCCACCCCCUCAUCCCUUGAGCCUGGAGGAUUCUCACGCAGCUUUAAACAAUAAAAGCAGAUGUCUCAGAAAACACUCGAAAAGGAGAGAAGGAGUUUUGCGCGUUUCAUGAAAAUGUAGACUUUUCUUAUAAAAGUUUUUUUUUUUUUCCGGUUUUUCCAGUUAUAUGGAGGCGUUACUGGAAGCUGCUUUUAAUCGGAUUGAGGAGGAAAACUCCGCUAAAGAACUUUGUUCCAAGCGGGAAGACAAGGCGGUGACUUGUUGAAAAGCAUUUUUUUCUCCUGCGCGCACUGAUUUGUGAGCCUCUCAACAUGCGCCCGCACCAGGACCCAGGGAGACCUCACAAGUCCGGUAUGACGAGCCUGCUUCUCCUCCUCAUGCUCGCCUUGUCCUGCCGCUGCUGUCCGGACAAAUGCAUGUGCUCCUUAGGAACUGUAAAAUGCCAAAACCUGGACUUGGAUGCGAUUCCACAUUCCUUACCGGCCAAUACCAAAUCCCUGUUCGUCACAGGAAACAACAUCUUCCAAAUAAGCAAGGCCUCUUUCCCAACCCGUCUGGAAAACCUAACAGAUCUUUAUCUGAGUGGUAAUGGGAUGGAGCAUGUGGACACAGGGGCAUUUAAAAACUUGCCAAACCUCGCACUGCUGGACCUGAGUAACAACAGAAUGAAGAAUUUUAGUGACCAAGCUUUCCCUGACGAUAAUAAACUUAAGUUCCUAAACCUCAGCAGUUCUUUUCACAAUCAUUCCUUCACAGACACAGUCCUUGAUUUUUUUCUCCAUGCAAAGCUCCUGCAGCUCACGUCCCUGGAUCUGUCUAACAACAACCUGAUCAUUCUGCCAGAUAACAUCUUCACAGGCCUCUCCAGUCUGGGCACCCUCAACCUCCGUAACAGCUCCCUCAUCACAAUCCAGAACGGGACCCUGCCACUGCUGUAUGACCUCGACCUGAGGGACAACGACUUCAAGGAUUUGCCGCCCACCAUGAUGGCAGAGUUUAGCCUCAACCCCAGCCUCCACAUCCAGCUGGUGGGGAACCCCUGGCGCUGCAACUGCUUCAUAGACGACCUGCUGGUGUGGCUGAAGAACUCCACCCAGGUGACAGACUCGCACAACCUGACCUGCGCAGAUCCUGAGGCCAUGAAGCACCAGCCCCUUCUGCAGGUGCAGCCGUCCCAGCUGAAGUGUUUGAGCGACAUGGAGGGGGUCCUGGAAACAUCGUACGUUUUCCUCGGGCUGGUGCUGGCCCUAAUCGGCGUCAUAUUCCUGCUGGUGCUCUACUUGAACAGAAAAGGCAUCAAGCGAUGGAUGUACAACAUCCGGGAUGCCUGCAGGGACCACUUGGAGGGGUACCAUUAUCGGUAUGAGAUAAACUCUGACCCGCGUUUGGCCAACCUGAGCAUCAACUCGGACGUGUGAGGGAGGACAAAUAUGGGGAGAGGGGCACUGUCAUUGACUCUGCAAUAAUGCAUUAAAUGCCUUUAUGCUGUUAAACUUUGCAUGAAAGUCUUCCUUCUUUUCCCCCAAAACCCCACAAUGAUGCCAUUCAGAUGCUGCCUCUGUUAACGCUUCUGAUCGACCCCUUUUGCAGCCUCUGCUGCAUGUCCAGCACAAAUAUUUGGCAGCUGUCAUGCCUACUGCGUUUUCCUCUCCAUUACAUUGCAUGGACGAUGAAUCGAGGCAAUUUUGUAAAAUAAAUCUCUGCACAUUGUAUUUUUACUUACCUUUUAAGGAUAACUGAAAGGUGUGCUGCAACUACUACAUGUUAUUUGCAUCCUUUACAAUAUGACUCUGCGAAAGAGAAAUGUCAUACUGCUUGAGUUUGUUCUUUUUUAGUAUGUAAAGAUGUGACAUGCAGUACAGACUAUUCCUUUUGGACUGAUUAUAAAACAGAUAGCAUGCUGUUUGAAUUUAGUAGACUUAUGUGAUGGCUCAUUACUUCUGUAAGGAUAUUUAGCUAAAUAAAAAGCAUCUGGAUUGCUGG